UUUGCGAUGGCAAGGGGGAAAAAAUGCAGACCCCACGUCAUGAUGAGUUGAGGAAACGCUCCAUGGCUCUCUGCUUCGCCAGCUUCUCCGCCGUCUCCCUCCUCCUCUUCCUCGAACUGCUCUUCUGAAACCCUCUAUUGCUCCUUCUUCUCCAUCCACUCUUUAUGAAGAACUUAUCUUUGGUCCUCGGAAGAUGUACGACUGUCGUGGCUUGGUGGCCCUCAAUGAAUCGACUUCUUGGUCCUUCCCGGGCGCUAAAUGGAGGAGGAGCAGAAGCAUCUCUCUCGCCAAAAGGGGUUUCUGCAUUCUCAGCAUGGGAAAUCAUACACAACCAAGAUAUGUUGUUUAUGGAUCUUCAAGAGGCCGGGAUAUACCGAUCUUUGUGAUGAUGCCAAAAGAUACGUUUGGGAUAGAUUCAUCAGGAACACCAAGGAUUAGAAGAAUCAAAGCUUUGACUAUGUCUCUGAAAGCGCUGAAGUUGGCCGGUGUACAUGGCAUUGCAGUUGAAGUUUGGUGGGGACUUGUUGAGCGGUCCUCCCCUUUUUCAUAUAAUUGGUUUAUGUAUGAAGAGCUGUUUAAACUUAUCCUUGAAUUGGGAUUAAAGUUACAUGUUGCCCUGGCAUUCCAUUCAAGCGUUCACACAUCAUGUGGCACAAAAAAUCACAUUAGCCUUCCGCCAUGGGUUUUAAAGAUUGGUGGCAUUAAUAAAGAUGUUUAUUAUCGGGAUCAGCAUGGAAUUUGCAGUAAUGACUAUCUUACCCUUGGGGUAGACCAUGUUCCAUUGUUUUGUGGCCGCACUGCUCUUCAAUGUUAUGAGGAUUUCAUGUUAAGUUUUGUAACUAACUUCAGAUCUCUUAUGGGAAGCACAAUAGAAGAAGUGAGUAUUGGUCUUGGACCUUCUGGUGAAUUAAGGUAUCCUGCUCAUCCUGUACAUGAUGGCAGGUGGAGAUUUCCCGGUAUUGGUGAAUUUCAGUGCUAUGAUAAGUAUAUGAUGGAAGACUUGAGACAAGCUGCAUAUCAGCUAGGAAAACCUGAGUGGGCAGAGAAAAAGCCUGAAAGUGCUCAUUAUUAUAACAGUCAUCCUUCAGAAGUUCCAUUUUUCGAAGAUGGGGAGGAAAAUUUUCUCUCUGAUUAUGGGCAUUUUUUCCUUGAUUGGUAUAGUGCAAAGCUAAUUCAGCAUGCCGAUGCUGUUCUUGCAAGUGCGACAAGUGUGUUUAAAAAUAAUCAAGAUGGGCAGCUAAAUUCUGUGCUAUUAGUUGCAAAAGUAGGUGGUGUACAUUGGUGGUACCGUACACCUUCACAUGCUGCAGAACUUACUGCAGGGUACUAUAACACUGCCACAAGGGAUGGUUAUGAUCCCCUAGGUACUGUUUUGUCAAGACAUAGAGCAGCACUGCAUAUUCCCUGUUUGGAAAUGCUUGACAAUGAAACACCUAGAGCCUGUUGUUGCAGUCCAGAAGGUUUACUUGAACAGGUCUGCAGGAUUCAGUUCCCAUCAACUUUAUUCUCAUUGGCUUUCAGCAUGCUACUGAUGUCCCUUUUGGCAUUUCCUGGGAAACAUUUUCUGAUGUCAAAGAUGCAGAAUGUGGCAAGGAAAAAAAUUUUAUUUGUGACGGGAAGAAAUGCAACAGAAAGACUUGACAAGGAUGGCCUAUGUCGAAUUAUCACAAACUCUCGUUACUCAGAGGCAGACUGCAUAAGAUCUUUUACUUAUUGGAGCAUGAAUGAAAAGAUUUUCCAGUUUGAUAACUGGAACAAUUUUGUUCUUUUUGUCAAGAAAAUGAGCAACAGAAGGUGAUUGAUUUUAACCCUUGAUAUGGGUGUUUGCAUUAAAGGACGUGCAGUAUUCUUUUUGUGGAUAGCAUAUUGUUGGGUAGCUCUCAAAGCAAUGACACAAUCAGCACUUUGAGGAGUCAUUAGGAAGAAGGCUCAGAUGUGCUUGAUAUUGGGUACUUAAUAGCACUGUCCUCCUUGUCAUAUUGUACAUAUAGACGUUUCUUUCUCUUUGAUACCAGUGUAAGCCUGUCAUUGGAGGUGAGUUGCUGUCAUAUGAUAUGACCUUCAUAUGUCCUGUUGCAAUAUGCUAUGGUUCCAUCCAAUACGGAAAGGGUUUUCCCUUUCACAGAAAUUUGUUUAUGUAUGAAGCUGAUGUUUCCACUCAA